AUUUUGAUUUAGCUAGCUAGCUAAAGGGAGGCUGACGAAUUUAUAUCGAGAGAACUUUAAUUAUGAAAGUUUUCUGAAAAAAUAAGAGAGUCAGAAAUAUUAGUAUGAGCGAAUUAUUUCUCAAGUAGUCAGUCAAAUCAGCUCCAAAUGUGUUUAAUUAUUAUAAUUAUUUUUACCAAAGAUGAUACUUACCACUAACCAUUUUAUGUUUCCUACCGGACCUGUUUUGUAGAGGACCCACAGGGAAGUGGUUCGAAAUUUAUCAACGCAACAAGGUUGUUGUUUUUUUGCAAUAAAGUGUGAUAAUGGCUGCACCAGGUCCCAAUAAGGACAACAUCAGAGCUGGGUGCAAGAAAUGUGGUUACCCGGGCCACCUGACGUUCGAGUGCCGUAACUUUGUGCGUGUGGACCCCCGGAAAGACAUUGUCCUAGACGUAAGCAGUACAAGCAGCGAAGAGAGUACAGAGGACGAGCAGGAGGAUCUGUCUAAUGACAAGCUGGGUCGGGAUGGAAAAGACUCAAAAGGUCCCCAGGAGGACACCAGGAAAGUUAAACACAAGAGGAGGAAAAGUAAAGACAGAAAGUCUGAAAGAAAGAGGUCUUAUUCAUCGAGUGACGAAGAGGAGAGCAAGAAGAGAAAGAAACACAAAAGYCACAAGAAAAAAGGCAAAAARGAAAAGAAAGAAAAGAAGGAACGUCACAAGAAGAAGCAGAAGAAGAAGGGUGAACCUUCCUCGUCUGACAGCUCCAGCGGGUCCUCUGACACUGAUUGAGAAGAUGGAACGUUUUGGGACAGAUUUACUUAAGUGUUUGCUACUCGUCAUUUUACGGAGGAAUCGAGCUAAAGACAUACGAUUGUAUUUAGAUCC